AUGUUGGCUUCGUCCCCUUCACCCUCAUCGGCCGCGCUACGCUCUGGCUCCGCACAUCCACACUAUGAAAGUGCUCCACAGUUUAGUAGCCCACGUUCAUCCCGCUUGGCCAUUGAGGAGCUCCGGUCGGCUUUGAAUCGCCAUACUGUCGAUCCCAACUCCCCUGAUUCCCCCGCUGCCUUCCAACGUCGACGCGCUUCUGCAUCUGUCGAUCCCUCUGCUUCCUACGUUUCCUUGGCCACUUCUUCUCCGUCCGCCACUAUUCCUACCGCCACGCCACCGGGCCCUUUGAACCCACCACCUGCCCCUUCAGUCUCAAUGCCAGCCCUGCAAACUUCGGGGGGCUCCAACAAGCGCAACAGCCAAAGUGACCACCACUCGCCAAACGCGCCUUCGGCGGGCCAAUCUGGUGGUCAGGAUGUAGAGGUGUCGCAGACCAAGCGCCUGCGCCCCUCUGCGCCCAACGUCAAGAUCUUGCCGGCCCAAUACGAACUGGCUGAUCCCCGUGACCUGGUAGUGCUGAUUUCCAGUAUGUUGAUGGAGCUCAUUCGCUUCAAUGACAAGAUUCCCCUGCAUCAGGGGCGUUUGACGCGCUUCCACUCCCGAUCGCCCCCUCGCAUAUCCGUGCAGGAUUACUUGCAGCGCCUCACAACGCACGCCACCCUCUCACCACCCAUUCUUCUCAGUAUGGUCUACUACAUUGAUCGUCUCUGCGCAUUAUACCCCUCCUUCACUGUCUCCAGCCUCACAAUCCACCGUUUCCUCAUCUCCAGUGCCACAGUCGCCAGCAAAGGGCUGAGUGACAGCUUCUGGACCAACAAAACCUACGCUCGAGUGGGCGGCAUCGGCAUGAACGAGUUAGCCAUGUUGGAACUUGAGUUCCUUUUUCGAGUUCAGUGGCGCAUCGUGCCUCAACCUGAGGUUCUGGUUGACUACUACCAGAGCCUUGUAGAACGGUGUGAGGGAUUUGAGAUUGAGCGCAACGGUAGUACAUCCACACCUGCGGCUACGACUCCUGCGGCUACGACUCCUGCGGCUACGACUCCUGCGACUACGAAUCCUGCGGCUACGACUUCUGCGGUUACGACUCCUGCGGCAUGA